GAGGGCCAUGCUGCUUGUGCUGGCCUUCGGCCUAGCCGCGGCUGCAGAGAAAUCCACCCUGACCCUUGACCCCCCUUGGAGAACGGUGUUUCGGUGGGAGAGAUUUACUCUGACGUGCAGCAGGCCCUACACUCCUGGGGGAAGCACAUUAUGGCAUCGCAACGGCAAAGCCUGGAGAAGCACACUAAAAAACCGCAUCACGAUUGAAGAGGCUGAGAUGAAUGAUUCGGGUAGCUACAAGUGCCAGGCUCCUGGCUCCCAUCCAAGUGAUCCCAUUGAGCUGACUGUUUCUUAUGACUGGCUGAUUCUCCAGGUCCCUUACUAUGCAGUGUUCGAAGGGGACCCACUGCUCCUGAGGUGCUGUGGAUGGCAGGGAGACACUGUGUCUAAUAUAAGAUUUUACAAAGAUGGAAAAGACAUCAGACUAUACCCUGAGAACUCAGUGCUGACCAUCAAACAAGCAAGGACAAGUGACAGUGGCAAAUAUCACUGCAGCGGACGCAUAAAAAAUACUAUGAACAUUAUGGCUGCAGAGACUUCUCAUGUGGCAUCUAUUUCUGUCCAAGAGUUGUUUUCGUCUCCUGUGCUGAAGAUAACAGGCUCAGGCGACGUCAUAGAAGGAAACCCGGUGACCCUGAGGUGUUUCACACAGCUCAACCCACAGAAAUCAGACAUACAGCUUCUAAGAGUCUUCUACAAAGACAGUAUGGCCCCGAUUGGAACUGGAAUCUCCCCUGACUACCACAUCCCAGUGGCAGGCCUGGAAGACUCAGGGUUUUACCACUGUGAGGUGAAGACGAUGACCUUAAGUGUACAGAAACAGAGUUCCAAGUUAAAGCUUGAUGUUAAACGAAUCCCGGUGUCCGGAGUCUCCCUGGGGGUCCAGCCCCAAGGGGGGCGGGUGACAGAAGGGGAGCAGCUGGUGCUGAGCUGUUCUGUGGAGGUGGGCACAGGGCCAAUCACCUUCUCUUGGCACCAGAAGGGAUCCAGGCAGGCCCUGAGGACAGAGACUCAGCACUCACAGAGGAUGGUCUAUGAAAUCCCUGCAGCCAAUGAGACCGACAUGGGGGAGUACUACUGCAUGGCCUCCAAUGGCAACCCUCCAGUAUCAAGCCCGGGCGUGAAGAUUGUCGUGAUGGUUCCAGUGUCCCCCCCUCUCCUGACCAUUAGCGUGGCCGACGCCUGGGCCACCGUUGGGGACGUGGUGGAGAUCUGGUGCGAGUCGUCCCGCGGCUCCGCCCCCAUCCUCUAUCGGUUUCAUCAUGAGGGGGAUGCUCUGGGGAACCGGACGGUCAGCUCCCGAGGGCCAGGAUCCCUUGCCCUGAAAGUGACGUCUGAGCAGGAUACUGGGACCUACUUCUGCGAGGCUGACAAUGGCAUGGCCCACGGCUCCCAGCGCAGUGCCCCCUUCCGCCUCUCCGUGCUCGUGCCCGUGUCUGGGGCCACCAUCACUGCAGAUCCCACGGGGCUAGAGGUCAUGGCUGGAGAAAGCAUGAAUCUCAGCUGCUCGGUGGAGUCUGGCACCGCCCCCUUGUUCAAGUGGCUCCACAACAGCGAGGACCUGGCUGCAGCCUCGGGGCUCAGCCCACCCACAGCUGUGGGGAACAUGCUGUAUUUCAGAGGGCCCCAGUUCCCAGGUGGCUGUGGCUGUGCCUGUCUCCUUCCUGUGCGUGGGUGUCACUGCGGCUCUGGUAUUCUACUUCAAGUACUGGAAGAAAGCAGAAGGAUGGUUUUCCAGUGCCCAAAGGAGGGACGUGCCGCACGAACCCCCUCCCUCCGGGAGAACCGGCCUCCAUACAGAGGAGCCAUCUUAUGACAAUGUGUAUCCCUUGGCUCAGGAGCAUGAAGGAGACGUGGUCUAUACAUCUGUCGACAUCUGGAAAAGAAAUGGGGGUGAGUGGAACAAAACGGUGUCUUGCCUCAAGAGGCCACGAAGGAUUGAACAGCGAUGGGAGGCAUGAGCCAGCCAGAUACAGCUGGCAUUUUGCUCCCUUGCCCUGCGACUUUCUGGGCCAAGUAACUGGUCCCAGGUGAAAGCCCGUGCCACUGUACAGGAGUAAUUCAUAAAGUGUAAAAAUGGCUGAGAGCUGACAAAUGGACCAGAACAGUCUGUGAGCCCCAAUGAUCUGAACAGGGUGAAAUCAGGGCCGGAUUAAGGGGGGGCGGCUAGCUGGACAGCUGCCCGGGGUGCCAACCUAUGGGGGCACUUGAUGGCAGCUGUAAGCGGGGCCAUGCGCCCGGCUGCAUGGCGCCCCUUAGAGCUGCCAUCAGGUGCCACGUGCCUGGGACUAGGGGCCAUGUGGCACCCCUUAGAGCUGCAAUCAGGUGCCGCGAGCCCGGGACCGGGGCCCGCAUGGCGCCCCUUAGAGCCGCCAUCAGGCACCGCGCGCCCGGGGGCCGCAUGGUGCUCCUUAGAGCUGCAAUCAGGCA